AGGUAGGGCUGCACAGUAACUCUGAGCUCCAGUGUAGAUGAAGAUUUUUCUGAUACCGUAGAUAGGAGAGCCAAGGACUAGCAUUCCUGCAGCCGCAUCCAUGGACACUGUAAAGAAUGGGGGAUCUCAGCCUGUCUACAGCCGCUGGUCAUACAGACCCUCCAGCUCUGCCAGCUUCUCCUCUAACUCAACAGCAAGUGGCAUUGAAGAUGACAGUGCCAGUCUUAUGCAGCAGAAGCUGGAAAAACAGAGGGCACUGCUGGAGCAGAAGCAGCGGAGGAAGCGUCAGGAACCUCUGAUGGUCCAGCCCAACACAGAGGCUCGGCCCCGGCGCUCCAGGACACGGCGUGGCGAGGAGCAGGCCCCUCUGGUGGAGUCUCAACUCAGUAUCACCAACGAUGUUAUCAUGGAUGGUAUCGAUGGCCCGGCAGCUUUCUUGGGCUCAGAAGCCCCUGAUCUGGGAAAGAAAGUCCAAAUCCUGUCAGUGAGCCAGUCCCAGACUCAGUUCCAGUCACAGCCUCAGUCGCCCACUGCCGAGGAGCCUGAGAGGGAUGGAGACACUGAGACGCUGCUGGAGCCCAAGAAAGAUAUCCAUGAGUUACUGCAGAAACAAGGUCUGUCUGGCAGCAUGAACUUCGACGAAGCCAGCGAGCAUGAGGACGAUGUGGAGGAGGAACGGACGCGCUCUCUGUCCCCGAACACAGACGGCACCAGACCCUCCUCUGCCGCCAGUGGCAAAGACAUUUCAGAGGCGGUGACCCCCGGAUCACCCACAGCGGACAGCGCACUAAUUGAUGUGGCCAAUCUAGAGGAGUUUGUCUUUCGCCCGGCCCCGCGCGGCGUCACCGUUAAAUGUCGAAUCACCCGGGACAAGAAGGGCAUGGACCGCGGCCUGUACCCCACCUACUUCAUGCACAUGGAGAGAGAGGAUGGCAAGAGGGUGUUUCUGCUGGCAGGAAGGAAGAGAAAGAAGAGCAAGACAUCCAACUACCUUAUUUCAGUGGAUGCCACUGAUCUGUCACGAGAGGGAGAGAGCUUCAUUGGUAAACUGAGGUCCAACCUCAUGGGCACCAAAUUCACGGUGUACGACAACGGCACCAAUCCCUGCAAAAACCCCGGGGCGCUGCUGGAAGAGAGCAACACUCGACAGGAACUAGCUGCCAUCUGCUAUGAAACCAACGUGCUGGGAUUCAAAGGACCACGUAAGAUGACUGUAAUCAUCCCGGGCAUGAACAUGAAUUUUGAAAGAGUCCCGGCAAGGCCUCAAAAUGAGCAGGAGAGCCUCCUGAGCAGGUGGCAGAAUCACUCACUGGACAACCUGAUUGAGUUGCACAACAAGGCGCCUGUGUGGAACGAUGACACCCAGUCUUACGUGCUGAACUUCCACGGCCGCGUGACCCAAGCGUCGGUGAAAAACUUUCAAAUAGUUCACGACAACGACCCUGACUACAUCGUCAUGCAGUUUGGCAGAGUGGCCGAAGACAUCUUCACUCUGGACUACAACUACCCCAUGUGCGCCCUGCAAGCCUUCGCCAUCGGCCUGUCGAGCUUCGACAGCAAGCUGGCCUGCGAAUGAACCGCCGCUUUGACUUCCACAGCGCCACCGUUCCUGCCCUCCCUCAAACCUCUCCUCGCGGGGGCUGUUUGGACGCCGACAGCUACACCGCUCAUCAGGAAUCACUUCACGCAGAAGUCAAAUGUGAGACGGAAAAAGAGGCGGAUACUGAUCGGAGACGUUGGUGCUCUUGGUUCCUGUGCGGUGUUUUUUUUUUCUUUCAGGCGGCUUAAUUCAAAACCAGUUUAACCUUUUUGUAGAGCGUAUGUGCACACACACGUAUACAGACUAAAAGGGAAAAGACAAAGCAAAACACUCCCAUCUGUGCUGGAGACAGGCGCUUGUCAGACAUCUGGUGCAAAACAGACUGAUGUCACACUUACGACUCCAUCGCUGUCUGAAGGGCAGCGAUUUGCGUAUCAGUGAUGUAUUUUCUGUUGCCUUUAAGUUUGAUUUCACUCAGUGUUUUUUGCCACACUAGCGCCGCGGCUCUAAGAAAACGUUGGCAUAGAUGUCACUGUGGAGCAUAAACCAUUUGGAGUUAUGUAACAACAUGGCCACUCCUCUGGCGCCACCCUCAGGAGUUAUUUGGUAAUGAGGAACCAAGAAAAGUAAAGCUUUCUGUUUCAUCCAUCCAACAAUCACUCUGGUGAGCAGUGGGCAUCACGGCCUCGGCGCUGGUGUGGCUACUGAAUUUCAGUCUUGUUUACAUCCUUAAAUGUGGCUACACGGUUUAAUCUGCCAUCUACUUUCUAACUAAUUUUGACGUUGUUCUUUUAUAUGAUGUUGUCAUCCCUCGUUUUACUAUUGUGUGGAAGGUGCCUGUCGUAUGGUUUUUGUUUUUUUUGUGAACAAGUGUAAUGUUGCUCUUGUGACUGUGAUUUUUCUUGUCAUAACAAGUUGGAUUAUCAUGAAAAAGAAAACAAACGCAGAAUUGCACAUUUAAAGAGAAAGGAUAUACACACUGUAUAUAAAAGACAAGGUAAUGCCCUCUUAUUAAAGAUAUUGUAGCAGACAUUAAAUACUAAAUGUCAUUUUAAGACAUGAACUUUUAAAAUAAUGGUUAGAAGUUGAGCAUUAAUACACUAGACAAAUCUUAUAUUUUCAUUGUUGCACACAUGCAGAUGUUGCCCCACUUUCUCAAAGCCUCAAAAACAUAACUGCCUGUGCCUCUUUGUCUCCAUCGGCUCCCUUAUGAGUUGUAAGGGAAACGUAAGGGAAAUCAAUAAGGGAAACUAUUCUAUAUGUGGCUUUACGUCAUCAUGAAAUGUCCCUAAUGUUUUGUUAAUUCACUGUACUGUAUGUCUGUGGAGGGCAGUAAAAACGUCAGUAUACUACAAACAUGUUGAGCCAACUGUAAAAAUUCUGUCACAAUCACUUUAAAUCUGGAUCCUUUAAAGAAAAAGUGUUCAGUGGGACAUCGUACUUCCUUUUUGAAUAUAAUGUUUCUGAGAAAUCCUGCUCAACAUGCAAACCAACACAUCCAAAUACCUGGUUAAUUAAUUGUCGCAAAUAUUUUCAAAAUAAAAGUGUGCCAGGAACUUAUGAAAGUCCAGUUUUGUCGUUUUGUGUGCAAUGGAGUUUUGAAGAGAGAAAAAAGAUUUCCAGAAAAUAUUUUGAAAUAUAUCUAUGCUUUUACUACAAGAGACUCUGGUGAAACACAUUCCAGUCACGCAUUUGAAAAACAUACAGUCAGGUAUAUUUCUGUAUUUUAACAGAUGCAACUCUAACGAUGGAUGAUCAAACUUGUUUUAUCGUGUUGAGACACAGAGAGAUGAAUGUAUUCAGUGAACAGUUUGUCUUCAUGAACGUGAUGUCAGUUUGAUUCAGAACACCUUUGAGAGAAAAACAAAAGUACUUAUUACCAUUGAUGUAAGAUGUUUGAAUAACCAAAA